CCCGAACACUCAACCUGGGGAUCAUCUGGCCCCUGGGGGCCCCGGCCGCGCCGCCGGGGGCCUCCAACCCCAAGAUGCGGCGUUCCAGCACGGACGAGACGCCGUACCGCCGUAGCCCCUCGCUGGACAGCAACAGCAAGGCCGGCUCGCCCCCGCUGCGCUACAGCGGCGAGUACGAGUACCGCAGCUCCCCCUUCACCUUUGGCUUCCGCACCACGCAGGCGCCCCCCGGGGGGGCCCAGGGGGCCGGCAAGGGCCGCUACGGCACCUCUGGGGCCGGGGGGGCGGCCGCGCAGGGCAGGAAGUACGUGGUGUUUUACCUGGACCUGUCUUUCAUCUUCCUCCUAGAGCUGCGGCGCUGCAGGAUGGCGGAGGGCUGCAUGCGCGCCCUGCGCUAUGGCAUGGUCUUCUUCAACCUGCUCUUCUGGCUCGGGGGCUGUGGCAUCCUGGGUGUGGGGGUGUGGCUGUCGGUAACCCAGGGCAACUUUGCCACCCUGUCGUCCUCGCUGCCCUCCCUGUCGGCCGCCAACCUGCUCAUCGCCGUGGGAACCAUCAUCAUGGUGAUUGGCUGCCUGGGUUGCAUCGGAGCCGUCAAGGAGAGCCGCCCCCUGCUGCUAAGCUUCUUCGUGAUGCUGCUGGUGAUCUUCUUUCUGGAGAUUCUCUUCAUCAUCCUCUUCUUCGCCUAUCAAGACGAGAUUGAUCACUACGCCCAGAGGGACCUGAAGCGCGGCCUGCAGCUCUUUGGCACGGAGGGUAACAUUGGCCUGACCAACGCUUGGAGCAUCGUGCAGACUGAUUUCCGCUGCUGCGGAGUGACUAACCACACCGACUGGUUUGAGGUGUACAACGCCACCCGCGUCCCCGACUCCUGCUGUCUGGAGUACAGCGAUAAUUGUGGACUGGAGAACCCUGGAACCUGGUGGACCGCGCCGUGUUAUGAGCGAGUGAAAGGCUGGCUGCAGGAGAAUCUGGUGGCCCUGUGGAUUUUCGCUCUGUGUACCGCACUCACUCAGAUCCUAGGCCUGGUAUUCUCCAUGACCAUGUUCUGCCAAGCAGUGAAAGUGGAGACGUUCUAUGCCUAGAACCACACAGGGCCAUGUACCACCCCCCUGACAACCAGCGGCAACAGAACCACCCCUUAGAACCAACAGACAUCGACCCAUUCUAACCUUUUCUCCACGCAACUUCCUUUUAUCCGUGUCCUGCAUUUCUUUUUUUUUUGUACACGUUUCUCAGCCGAAGCGCCUCGCUUUUGAAACAUUCCUGUGAUACCAGUAACCUUCACUGUAACCCCCAUUUCAUUGCAGGAGGAAAAACACCACAACCAAUUAUCAGACAGGCGUUGGAGACAAGACGUGGUCUUGUGCGAAAAAUGUUCAAUAUGUGAUGGAAAACAUACCUUUUAAUCGUGUCUCUAGUUGUAAGACCUAAGACCUUUUUUAUUAUUAUUGGAUCUCAAAGAAGCCCUUGUAAACAUGGCCUCGCGGGUGUCAAGAGACUGCCGUUUGGAAAACAAUAACAGUACGCCGUAUGUACUAUGUGUAACUGAGAGUAACAAUAACGUCUGUAAUCUUUUCACCGUUUGUAAAUCUAUAAAUGUAUGUACCUUGUAUUUUUUUUCUCUGCUGAAGCACAAACAAAGUAAUUUAUUGUUGGAGAUGAAAAUGAAAGGGGACCGUGCUGUUUGAGUGAGUGGAGGGAGCACAGACGCUCCCUGCAUCCAGACUGCCUUUCUAAAUGAGGUUUCAGCACAAGCUGUGGUUGCAGUGGUUAUUUAACUUAAAAAACCCACACACAAGCACACAAAACACGCCUGCGGACCGACUAGGUUGUCAAUACUCCCUGACGUCAGACUCAGAGCACAAGCGUGGCAGUGUUUUUAUUUAAAAGGAUAGCUAGCGAGGCUUAGAGGUGGAGGGGUUUCGCAGGAUGUCACGUGGCACAUGUGACGUCAAUGGCGAGGGAAGCGUGAGUCGAUAGACGCGUCAAUGAAAGGUGACCAAAAACAUAAAGCCCUUACUACAUGAUCUUGAGAUCAGUAUUAAUUUGUGUUUGUCAGUGUGUGUGUGUGUGUAUGUGUGUGUGUGUGUGUGUGUGU